AUGGUUUCGAGAUAUGGCGUCUCGAAGGAGGGCGCAGUGGGUGUAGCCGUAGGUGUAGGACCUAUGCACUGUAUCUUACCACAUUGUGGAGGGCCUCAUCACCAUCAUCAUCUUUCGGCCCCCCAUCCACAAAAUCCACAGCCAGGUCACAAUCACCACGUGCAUCCGGCCCAUCAGCCACCACCCUCGCCGAGUCCCCACUUGAAUCAUCAGCUGAGCCAUCAUCAAUUGACUGUUAACAUUAAUCAUUUGAGUCAUCAGCAGCAACAACAGCAACAAACCCAGCAUCAGCAAGCACCGCCACAGUAUCGAGUUGUUACUGCAAAUGCUAGAUCAGAUUUUCAUGUGUCUGGACAAAAUUACGGCACCCAACCAGGGGGCCAGGUGGGCGGGGGAGGGGGUAGUGUAGGAGUGCCUGGGGGCAGAGGACCUCCACCACUCGGCGGCUUACAGUCCAUAGGACAAUCAGCAGCAGGUAUUCCACCAGGAGGACCUGCUGGAGGACAAGCACCACCACAAACCCCAGCACCCGGGGUACAGUCACAACCGCCGCAAGGUCCGGCUCCCACAACAACACCCCCAGUACAUACACCAUCACCACAGGAAAUGGGAAAACAGGCUCAUUUACAACCUCAGCCACAGCCUCUCUCACAAGUAUAUGGGCCAACACAAACAAGACCAACGUCUCAAGGUUACUAUCAAGGCCCCAGGCCGCAACAGCCAAGAGGCAUUAGUCACAGAGGGGGGCAAGGGGGUACUAGUGCACAAGUAGUCGGGAUGUCGGGAGUUGGGGGAGCAGGAGGUCAACCAACUGCGAUUUAUCAUCCAGGUGGUUUGCCAGUUCAAACUGGAGCAAUAUACCAAGUCCCUCAUCAGAUCCCACAUCAGCAAUCCUUAUAUGCAAUGAACAAUCAAAUGCCCCUUCAGAUGGAUACUGGCCUACAGGCCAACCAAAUACACCAUUAAGUUUAAGUAGGGCAGGUGCAAGUGCAGUCACUGGUGGGGCUCAACAUGUUGCAGGCCCGCUGGCCGGUGCCCAAGGAGCCCCAGUAGUACCACAAGGUACGCUUCAGCAACCUACGCAACAGGCUCAGCCUUUACCCCCAAUGGGUAUAUCUCUCUCCCAGACUGAUGUGUACUCAGGUCAUAAUGGUGGUGCAUCAAAUGCGACAAAUAAUACGAUAAAAUCACGAAAGCCAAGAGGACAAAAUGCUAUUACCGAUAUUGUAGAUCCAACAACUGGUAAAAAUAUAAGUCACGAAAUUUAUAAAGACAAUGAAAAUAUUCAAAGUGGUGAAUCUAGCAAUCGUGAAACACCUCAGCCACAAAAUAAUGGUGCCGAGGUGCAAGCCGAUUUUGCAGCCCGGGUUGCAAAAACACUUGUGAAAGUCGCGACCGAAGAGUCCAGUUCUGACUCGACGGUACCGACUUGUGUACAAAACACAUCUACAACUCAAAAUAUAACACAAAGUUUAUCUAAUUCUCAAACAAAUUCUACUAAUGAUGUGAACAAUCAGUGUAUUAAUUCAUCUACGUCACAGAAUGUACCUAAUGUAACCGCGUUAUGUAGUCAAUCGCUAGGUACCGCUAAUAAUGCGUCUCAAAUAGACUCUUGCGCAAUGAAAACGGAGUCUAAACCAUUACAAAUUCCCGUGAAGGAAUUUCAACCUCGAAGUGAAUCGAAAAGUGUGGUUAUUGAGGAACCACCAUUAACUGUUUGCCGUAACGUAAAUAAGGAUGAUAUUUCUGCGCAGUUACCCGCAAUGAUCGUAACCGAUGUUGAAGUGAAGAAUAUGUGUGCCACACCUAUUAUAACACAAACAUCAAUUCCAAUUGUGACUACACCAAGUACGAACGCUCCAGAAAUACCUAAACCGUCCACCACUGCCCCAAGUGCUAACCCUGUUCCUGCCAGAGAACCGUUCCCUAAUUUAUUCAAUAAAAAUUCAUCGAGCUCACCGCCUAGAAGAAAAUCUCAGACUUACACCCAUAAUCAACAACCUGCUGCUAGUGCUGUUGUUUCUACUACUGAAUUGCCUUCGAGUGCCAAAGAACAAAAGGAGAAAAAGACAAGGGAAAAGAGUCUUAGUUCUAGAGGAACUACUCCUACGCCUGCUCAUAAUCAAACAGACCAUCACUUAAAAACCAAUGGUGAUGUGGUGGCCGAUAAAUUGGAAUCAGAAUCAACUCGAACUGAAAUUCAACAACAAAAGUCAUCCGAUGGGGCGGAGAAAGAAGGUACAGAUAUGGAUGCUUUCGUAAAUACGGCGGUACCACCACCCCCGGUAAAACCUGAAGUGAAACAAGACAACAAGGAUCUCUUGACACCGAAGGACAAUAAUAAAGAAGCAAACCGUGAGAUCACGAAAGAUAACAAGGAGAAGGAUAAUUAUGAACCGAAAAAAGAGAAGGAAAUUACCUCCGUUCAUGCAAAGGCGGAGAAACAAACAAUUCCUGUGACGCCGGAUAGCCCGAAAGAAAAUAUUCUCAUACAAGCACCCGUUAUAGAAAAGUUAUCAAGCAAUAAAGAAAGUAUAAAGGAAUCUUCCCCUAAGAUAGAGGAUAGUAAUAAAUCGAAUGCAUGUAAUAUGCAAACAAAAUCAGUUCCUAAUGACGUUGUUGAUCAUGUGACUGUUAAAGAAGAACCCGACGUAGAAGCAAUAGUGGCACAAAAGAAUGAAGAGAACUCGAAGGUUUCGGUAAUUCGAACAGCUAGCGAGGAGAAGCUGCAGGCAUCUCCAGUUAUUGAAAAAACAGCCGAAAACGAGACUCCGGCACAGACUGAAACCACACCUGUUACGAAUCAGAUACAAUUGAAAUAUAAGUAUAAAGAGGAUCAAUGGAGUCCUAUAAAUCAAAACGGCAAAAGGGUUUAUGGACGUGAUUUUUUAAUGAAAUUACAGGACGAUCCUAAUAGUAAAAUCAAACCAUCUAAUUUACCAGAUUUAGAUGUCGUUUUGAAAGAUAGUUCUAAGACAAGAAAUAACGUUGAACUUAGGCCAUUUAAAGAUACAAAUAUGAAUAGACACGAUGUUCUAUUCCCUGGAUUCAUAAAACCGACUCUAAAUGCACGAGUGCCACCAUUAAAUCGUAACAAAAGUCAUUCAGGAAAAUCAUCGAAACCAACGAAGCCAAAUGUUAUUCAUGUAUCAUUAUCUCUAAGAGAAGAUGUAAAAUUGAGAGAAACUGAAAAUGCAUGGAGGCCGACAAGAUUAAAGACUAUAAAUCUUAGCGAAGAGGAGGCCAAAACAGAAGCUCUUUACAAGAGAGUUAGAAGUGCUGUGGAUGAACCAAGCUUUUCUGUAGCAUAUGCAUUAAUGUGUAAAGAACUUGCUGUGAUGGAAGUCUCAGGUUCAGAUAAAAGUUCAGACAAACAAGAGUGCUCAUAUACUUUCAAAAAACUUAUCAUCAAUCGAUGUCAAAAGGAAUUUGAAAGAAACCCAGUGAACGAAGUAGCAAGAGCUGCUAAAUUUAAAGAAAUAGAUGAAUGUACUGAUCCUGUUUAUUGGUGAAUUGUACAAACAGGGUAUGUUAACAACUAAAAUCAUGCAUCGUUGCAUAAAGGAGUUGUUAAUUCAGAGUGAUGAAGAUAGUCUCGAAUGUUUGUGCAAGUUAUUAACAACAGUCGGAAAAGAUUUAGAAUCAAAAGUGUCUCUAGAAGAAAUGCAAGAUUAUUUCAAUAAAAUGCAAGAUAUUGUUGCACGAAAAGGACAUGGAAAAAUUAGCUCUAGAAUUCGUUUUAUGCUACAAGAUGUAAUAGAUUUAAGAGCGAAUAACUGGAUUCCAAGAAGAGAUGACAGUAAUCCUAAAACAAUAGAUCAAAUUCAAAAAGAAGCCGAUUCUGAGAGAUUAGAUAGCCAAUUAAGUAAUACUCCUUUAAAUACACCACGAAAAGAUGAACGUACUAAUGAUAGAAAAAGAAAUCCCUCCAAUGGAUGAUCUGCAAUUAGGAAGCAGGAAUAUGUAUAUGUGGAAGACACCUUCGAGUUGUGGCUCAAAGGCGAUAAAUUCAAAUAAAUUUGCAUGUUUAGAAAAUGUAUCGAAUUUAGAUCAAGAUAAACGAAUGACAUCUCCUCAACUCUCUGGAUGGUAGGAGUUCACGCAAUGGUAGUCACCAAUUAAGCAGUUCGUCGUCGGGUAGAGAAAGCUCAUUAUUAGAUAAUUCACAGAGUCAAGGCGUUUCUAUGCCAUCAUCAUUAAAAUCUUCGCAACCUACAUCGAGUAGUCACAAACCUCAGAUGUCGGAAGAAGAUUUUAUGAAAACAUUAAAUAAAAUAAUGAAAGAUUAUCUUAAAAAUCCUAUCAUUGAACACAUCCAAUAAAAGAGGAGAUAGUCCCCCUAACUGAACUAAAACCUAUAUUUGAUAGCUUAAGAAAUCGAGGAUAUGUAGGAAAAUUCCUUGGGGAACUGUUAUCGAAACUAUCCCGUGAUAAAGGACCUAAAUGGAUUGCAGAUAAAUGGGACCAAAGUGGACUUCAGUUGAGUAACAUAAUUGAUACAGAACUUGAAGAAGUUGACAAAAUCAUUAAAGAUUAUAACUUGGAGUUCUGCACUAGUGAUUAUAAUGGUGCCAAAAGUUCAAAUAGUAAUCAGCUUACGAUGCAACAAAUUCAUGAUGAGCUCAGGAGACUCAUGAAGGACAGUAGUUUCGAUGUAAUUUGCGACUGGAUAAUGAACCAGUCAAUAACAGGUGGAAUCUCAAAAACAGAGUUUUUGUUCAUUUGCAACAAUUAAUUCGCCGAUUCGUCGAUACAAAUGAAUCUUUAGAAUUACAAUGUCUUUAUGCAAUUCAACUUCAUUUGCAUAAGUUACAAUAUCCACACGGGAUUCUCUUUUGUAUUAUGACAAAUUUGUCCGACUACAAUAUAAUUUCAAGUGAUGCGUUCCUGACAUGGAAAAAGAGUCCUGAACCAGCUCAACGUGAAUGGCAUGGAGUUGCGACAAUGGCGCUUACUUCAUUUUUCACUGGUCUACAAGAAGCUGAUGAUGCUUCCAGUGUAGAAGAUGUAUCAACCAGCGCGAGCCAAGAUCGUUGUUGACGAUAUCCUGAUCGAGUACAUUAUCGUCUGUUAAAAAGACGUAAAUAUAUGUAUCCUCGUUAGAAAAAACUACGCGAAGUGAGAUCAAAUUGCUGUUUUUUUUAAAGCAAAACGUCGUACAUUGAAGAAAAAGAACAAUUGGAGUGAUAGUAGUGCGCGGGUGUAUGUAAUAUAAUCUAUAAAACUUCAAAAAACAAGAAGUGAAAGAUAAUAAAGGUUGUCAUAUUAAAAUGGACAUAAUGGCUGAAACCGAUAUACAUAAUGAAGAUAAAGAUUAA